AACACGGGUGAAGGCACGCAAUGCCUCUUUGGAAUGCUGUUUUGAUGGCUUAGAAUAAAUCUUUGCAAGAUCAAAAUCAUCACAACGCGCUGUUUCAACUGUUCUGGAAAUCCGUAUCCUUGAUUAAUUUCGCACUACAUACACUAAAUAUACGUGUUCUGAUAUUCCGUCUUCUUAUAACCUGGCUAUCUGGCAUUUUUUUCCUUCCAUAUUCAUUUCGGGAUCGUACUUCAUUUUUAUCGUUUUAUCGUCCAAGUCGCCACUUCCCCGAACGGUACGGAAAACCCUCCUCAUAUCAGUAUAAUAGCCGCAGAAUAUCCGUACAGAAUGGUCUCUUUUAUCGAGGAUCUCUGGUCGAGUGUAUUCACACCGGGGCCAACACCUUCGCUAGUCAUCGCAACAAAUGUAACCUUCGCUUUUCUCCAACUCCUCCUAUUUGUCCUUCUCCUUACGACUUACAGCAUUCACUUUGCUGUCCUCUCAUCCCUAUGUGGCGGUCUAUGGUGGGCGAUAAACUGGUUUGUGAAAGAAUUUGAAAUUUCCCGCGAACGAUCGGAGACCGCCGACCCGUCCCGAUCCCAAGCAACCCAGCAAAGCCCAAUAGGUCGGCCACCCGGGGCGAUCGACACAGAGAGUGAGACUGAAACCGAAAGCCUUGCGGGAGGAGAGCCUCAGUUACCCGCAGGUACGAUUUCAUCUGGUUUAAUGGGACCUCCCCCUCCGCGGAGCACUGGUGCUUCCCGUGGCCCUCCACCAACCGAGACUGAAGAUUUAAAGAAGCGACGAAGUGGCCCCGAUAAUUCUGGCUACGUGAGCACGGACAGUGAAUGGGAGAAGGUUGAUGAAAAGGGGAGAUAAUACAGAAGAUAUGGGAUCCCAGAGGGGUCGAUUAAUCCAUUAAUCUGGAUUUCAGCCUAACCUGAGUCUCCACGACUGCGUCGAACCAUAUUCACGUAUAUAUAGCAUCAAAACGCGGGUGACUAAGCACCUCCGUACUGCCGCUUAUGACGCCUACUCCGAGAGUUUGUUUACUUUACUUUUGACGCAAUGUUGUGCUUGUUUUCUUUACUAGUUUCCCGAUGCCGUUUAUUAGCUUCUUCGUUUCUUAGCGGAUCUUGUUUAGAGUAUUGGUCCAGCCUUUUUUGAUUAGCUAUUGGCGUCGAUUCAACCUGCGCUUGGGAUACGUGUUUGGUAACUUAUCAACCGAACCCAGAUACCCAAGACCAUCAGAGAACAACAGAGAGCUGUUUGAUACCCGUUGAUCGUUAUUGUAAAUAUGUCUCUUGCUUCCCCUGCUCAUUUUCAUAUUUGAUGUGAUGGCGACCAAAAGUACAUUAUGCUAUCUACGUUAAUACUAGAACCUCCAUUGAGUUGAU